AUUCGAUUUUUAUGUGUCACAUUCCGAAAGAUAAUGAUAAUUCUGACGUUUCGUGUAUGUGAGUCAUGUCAUUAGGUCUGUCCUUUUUCAACUGCACCUUGUGUCGUGCACUUUUUUCCGCUCUGUCUCUCUCCAUCUUCAGAUUCCCAAUAUAUUUUUAUUUCAUUUUAAUUGCCCAAAGCGCUGUCGAAGUAUCUAUCGUGUAGAUGUAGGGUCAUUGCCAUUAAGUACGUGCUGUCAAAGCCCUUGCAAGUGUGUAUGUGUGUGUGUUUGACUUAUAAGGAAAAUGUCAAACGUGGGUAAUCUGGAGCAGCAAAUUGCGAGUUUGCAGAUCAAUCACGGCGAUGAAGCGGCCAAGUCUAUUAAACCCGGCAAGAAGAUCGGGCCAGCUGUGCCCCCAAAACCGAAAAAGUCCCAACCUCAGAUACCGCAAAGUUAUACUGUAAAGGCUCCACCUAUGCCAUCGUACAGCACAGUUCUGAAUAAUACAGCUGCAAGCGACAAAACUUCAAAUUUGUAUAUGAAUACACCUUCUCCCUACGUUCCACUGGACAUAAAGAAUGACUUUUCUCCUGCAAUGGUAGCUGCUAACGGCAAGGAAGCAUCAAAACUUUAUCAAAACGACAAUUUGUUUGCAUGUCAACCAGAAGAGAAAUUUGAACCAAAAUACAGAUACGAUGAGAAGAAUUAUUAUUCCAACAUUGGAAAUAUGCCAGCUCCUCAGGUACCUGUGGAUGAUCGCACUAGCAGAGCCUCCAGAGAGAGACAUGCAGUGUACAGCAAUAUAGAACCGCCCGUGCCCAUUCCGGUUCCUACAUAUAAGUAUGCUAGUGGAAGCGAGAAGGAUAUUAUUUACAGCAAUAUUCAGUGGAAUCCUAAAACGGAAAACACAUAUUGCAAUGUCCCUCCUGCACAUGGCGCUGAUGAUUUACCACCGCCGCCAGAGCCAUCGGAAUACGUUUCUUGUAUAUCUGGGAAUUCGUUUCCACCGCCGCCCGAGGAACUGCCUCCGCCACCGAGUCCGGUCUCGUCGAGUUACAGCGAACUGCGACGCGCCACUUAUCAAACUGAUUUUCCAUCGGGCAACUAUCCUGCCGAUAUUUACGGUCCGAGUUCUCAGUCCAGCUCGACAUACGAAUCUAUAUACGAGCCGAUUAAUCCCAGACCACCGUCGCAAUUGUCCUGCAAUUACUCCAUGUAUUCUGGCUACGGGUCAGCUGCAUCUACUCAACCGCAGGGCAAAGUGUCUCCUGUUAAAGAAGUUGACGUUCUCACGGAUCUAUUAGUCCAAGGAAUGGCAGAUAAUAAUGAAGACAGCGAUAUAUAUGGCAUUUGCGCGCAAUGCGGACGCAAGGUCGAGGGAGAGGGUACUGGAUGUUCGGCGAUGGACAAAGUUUUUCACAUAGAUUGCUUCUGCUGCUUCGUAUGCAAGGUUAAUCUACAAGGGAAACCCUUUUAUUCGUUGGAAGGGAAACCCUACUGCGAAGAGGAUUAUCUCAAUACUCUGGAGAAGUGUUGCGUCUGUACAAGACCGAUUCUGGACCGAAUAUUAAGGGCUACUGGCAAACCGUAUCAUCCUUCCUGCUUCACCUGUGUAGUCUGUGGACAAAGCUUAGAUGGUAUACCUUUCACUGUGGACGCUACGAAUCAAAUACAUUGCAUUCAAUGUUUUCACAAAAAAUUCGCCCCACGUUGCUGCGUUUGUAAGUUGCCUAUCAUGCCUGAGCCUGGUCAGGAUGAGACUGUGCGAGUAGUGGCACUAGAUCGAAGUUUCCAUAUUCAGUGCUAUAAAUGCGAAGAUUGCGGAUUAGUAUUGUCUUCUGAUUCGGAGGGACGAGGCUGCUAUCCUUUGGAUGAUCAUGUUCUGUGUAAAAGUUGCAACGCUACUCGUGUUCAAGCCUUAACAUCUCAUAUGACGACUGAAUUAUAAAUUAUAUAUUAUUAUAGCCGCGAUAUAAACCUAUAUAAUUUAUAUUCCUAAAACUUGAAUACGAAAGAAAUAUUGUUGUAAUUAAUUACAUAGAGAGAGCGAUGUAAGAUACCGCUCAGCAUAGUAUUAUAGAUUUUUUACGUAUAGUUUCAUAUUGUUAUUCGCAGUAUCUCGUAUACUUGGAACAAUAUUUGCUAUCUAUUAUAUUAACAAAGGAUCGUUUUUUAUAUUAUAACUAUUAAAACUAGACUACAAAAAUUAUACUGUCCAAAAUUAUAUUGUCAUAUUUUAGACGUUUUUAGAUAUUUUUAUCACUUGUAAUACAAAAAAAAAUUGUUAAGAACUUUAUAUUCAAUUUAUCUCGACACGAAUCCGAAUAUGUGAUUGAUACGCAAAAACUCCGCCACACUGCCAUAAUGAAAGCAUUUCCAGUAUGUUACAGAAUGAGAGAUGUAUGUCAUUAACGAAUUAGAAGUAAUGUAGAUUAACUUCGAUGGUCCGAAGUAAUUUUCCUGCAGAUGUGAUUAUUAUUGUGAUUCUAGUAAAGUAUUCGAUGUAUCGUAAAGUAUUUAACACGUAGUUUGUCGUUGACAGAUGUACUGCUUCGAUUCAUAUAAUUAGACAAAUUCGAGAAGUAGCACUCAUUAUUAUCGACAAUAUCAAUAUGUCGGUGGGGAAGCGUGCCAUUUCUUUUUUAACGUAGCUGUUAAAACGGAUUCUUUUGUAAGAUUAUUAUAAAUAAAGAAAAAAAAAAGAAAUAAACAAAAGAGACAAAAGCUCAAUCGUGUCUUAAACAGUUUUCGAUAUAAUUAGUCUUUGAAUUUCUUCGCAUGGGUAAGAUAUUACAUCAAGAGGAGACUUAUAUGAUCUCUGUAUUAUAGUAUCAAUAAAAAUACAGUUUGUUAUUUAUGGCCAAAGAGUAACGCUUGUUUCUACCAACCGUUCUUGCCCAUCCGAGUGUUUUACUGCGCUUGCAGACACUUAAGACUGUAUUUUCGCCUCCGCUUAUGAGUGAACACAGUCUACGAUCGAGCUUUGCAUGUAUUUUUGCUAUUUUAAUGAGA